UAAAUGUCAUAGAUUGAAAACCUGGGAAUAUCUUACAAAACCUUGGUCGUGCCAAUACAGCACUAGAAGCUGACACAGCAUCUACUCAAACGGUCAAAAGAGAAAAGAUCACUGACUGAGUGGACUGGAAAAACAAGCAGGUUUGGCGACACGUUUAGGUCAGUCAGAGAGAGUGUGAAGCGAGCACCCACAUGGACCUGAUUUCUCUCUCUCUCUCUCUCUCUCUCUCUCUCUCUCUCUCUCUCUCUCUCUCUCUCUCUCUCUGUCUUCUUAUUUUCGCUGUUUUUCACUUAUCUCUCUCGAGCACAUUCGCUCACUGGAUUGAAGUGUGCUCAUGAAGAAGAGCCCGGGUGCGUUCUGAUUGGUCGAAAGCCUCAAGCCCAGUGCUCACUGGCGAGUGCACUUGACGAGGCAGCUGCUGUGUUGUCGGGGGCAACCACUCACUGCAGCUGCAGAGACCACCAGCCAGGGCUUAAAACAAGGGGAAGGAGUAGGAGGAAGAAAUGAAAUGAGAAAACAUGACAACAAUAACAAGGGAUUAGCCCAUGGCAUCAGCUGAGCCAUCAUUAAAAAAAUCUCUCACCACACACAGCUGUUUCAGAGGCAAAGGGGAGGGAUGGAGCGUUUCAGAUAGCUCACUGAAGCAGCCAGAUUGAAAAAACACUCAGGAAAAGGAGGAUGUACGAUCUGCUUUGUGCAUAGUAGCAUUUGGAAAUGCGUGUGGAUGUGACAGACUCUUCUCACUGAUAUUGUGAUCACACAUCAAUAGAAACUGACACUGCAUCCAGGACCAAGGUAUCAGUCGACUUAUGAGGAGUAUAAAUUAGUGGUGUCCCGUGCGCAGAGGAAUAGACCACAUCCAUGUCGAUUUGAAUGCGAGGGCUGAUGAGCAACUCAGCUGGACUCUUCUUUGACCUUAACAUGGGGGACACUGCAGAAUACCAGCGUCUGCCCAGCGAUGGCGAUGAGGACGAGAAGCUGGGCAGUAGCAUGCAGUGUGAGGAGGGCACUGAGUGGCUGCUGGAGCUGCUGAUGGAAGUGCAGUUGCAGCAGUACUUCCUGCGCAUCCGUGAUGAGCUCAACGUUACCCGCCUUUCACACUUUGACUAUGUAAAAAAUGAGGACCUGGAGAAGAUUGGGAUGGGCCGUCCAGGGCAGAGACGCCUGUGGGAGGCAGUGAAGAGAAGGAAAACUAUGUGCAAGCGCAAGUCUUGGAUGAGCAAGGUGUUCAGCGGUAAAAGACCAGAAGGAGAAUUUAAUCCCCAGCCGGCCAGUACGUUCCGGAAAACUUCCCCCACACCGCCUCCAUUAGAUGGCCAGCAACAAGCCCUCACCUGCCUGAUCAGUGAAAAAGACCUGGCCCUCUUUGAGAAACUGGGCGACGGUUCCUUCGGCGUGGUCAAACGUGGAGAGUGGUUCACGCCAAAUGGGAAAGUGCUUAAUGUGGCAGUGAAGUGUCUGAAGACAGAUGUGCUUAGCCAGCCAGAUGCUCUGGACGACUUCAUCCGGGAGGUCAAUGCCAUGCACUCCCUCGACCACCAGAACCUAAUCCGUCUCUACGGAGUCGUCCUCACGCACCCCAUGAAGAUGGUGACUGAGCUCGCGCCCCUGGGCUCCAUGCUGGAUCGUUUGCGGAAGACCCUGGGCCAUUUCCUCAUUUCCACCCUGUGUCAGUACACCAUCCAGAUUGCAAAUGGCAUGGCUUACCUAGAAUCCAAACGCUUUAUCCAUCGGGACCUGGCUGCUAGAAACAUUCUGCUGGCUUCCAAUGAGCUGGUCAAAAUCGGAGACUUUGGGCUGAUGAGGGCGCUGCCUAAGAAUGAUGACCAUUAUGUCAUGCAAGAGCAUCGCAAAGUCCCGUUUGCAUGGUGUGCCCCAGAGAGUCUGAAGACGCGCACAUUUUCUCAUGCCACGGACACAUGGAUGUUUGGUGUGACGUUGUGGGAGAUGUUUACCUAUGGACAGGAGCCCUGGCUGGGCCUGAAUGGUAGUCAGAUACUCCACAAAAUUGAUAAGGAAGGUGAAAGGCUGCCUAAACCAGAGGACUGUCCUCAGGACAUCUACAAUGUCAUGAUGCAAUGCUGGGCUCAGAAACUAGAUGACAGGCCCACCUUUGUAGCUCUAAGGGAAUUCCUGGUGGAGACCAUGCCCACAGACAUGAGGGCACUACAAGACUUUGAUGAGCCUGACAAGCUUCAAAUCCAGAUGAAUGAUGUUAUUACUAUCAUAGAGGGCAGGGCAGAGAACUACUGGUGGAGAGGUCAGAAUAAGCGCACCCUGAAGGUUGGUCAGUUUCCUAGGAACACUGUAACGUCAGUCGCGGGUCUGUCUGCCCAUGAUAUAAGCCGUCCACUAAAGAACAGCUUCAUCCACACGGGCCAUGGAGACACUAACCCCCACCGCUGCUGGGGCUUUCCUGACAGGAUCGAUGAUCUUUAUCUUGGUAACCCCAUGGAUCCUCCAGAUGUGCUGGGGUUGGACUCGAAUUCUGCCAGACCAACUCAACUUCCUGGACGUUCUAAGAAGGAGGCUCCCCCUCGACCCCCUCAGCCAUCUUUGCUGUUUAAGAAACCCUGCUAUGAUGCUGUUACUGACGACAAGGACCAAACUUCCAUAGGCCUUCGCCGACUCUCUUUAAAGAAAAAGGGCCUUAAGCUCAAGCCAGCCGCAUGGGUUUCUGCUACCAAGUUAGGUGAACGUUCUGUUUACGGUGUGCGGACUCAAGGGGGCAGCACUCCUACAGAAGUCUCUCUCAUAGACUUUGGAGAAGAGCUCCCAUCGGCUACACCCUCUCCUGUAGUGGAGAUGCAAAUCCCCACACUUGCUAAACUGGCACUCGAAGGAGAAAAUAUUUUAGACAAAACUCCUCCUCAGAGCCCCUCACGCUUUUUACCUUUCCCCCUUCACCCUACCCCAGUGGUGGACUGGGACGCCCGACCCCUCCCUCCACCCCCGGCCUAUGACGAUGUAGCACAAGACGAGGAUGACAUUGAAGUGAGCUCCAUAAACAGUGCGGAUCGAGGACCUGAUGAACCGUGCUCUCCGCGUACGCCUUGCUCCCCCACUGGGAAGGGUAAUCCUCACGUAGAAGACAAUUUGUUUUUGCCCUGCAGACAGAGCCAUGCCUGUUCAUUAUCACAGUCGACUGAGAUUUUCCAGGAGCUGCAACAGGAGUGUAUGAGGCAUCUCAAUGUACCUGUGAGCUCUACCAGCCCAGGUCUGGAGACACACCGCCAGAUUAUCCUAACGCUUUCAGAAGACAAGCCCCAGAUACCACCACGCAUACCCAUCCCACCCCGCCCGGUCAAGCGCGCAGGGGGCGAGUAUGCACGCUGGUCUGGUGAGCUCUCUCCGGUCUCCGGAAAUGAGGAGGACAAGGAGCGUCCACCCCAGAUCCCCCCACGGGACCCCCUCUCCCAGCCGGGCUCACGCACACCCAGUCCACAUGUGGGCUCACCGCAGACCCGCGGCAGCCUCUGCUCUUCCGCUUCUAUUUAUGGCUCAUCCUACCUCUCCACCUCACCUGCUAAACUCAUGCCAACCACUCAGAGCUUUGCCUCAGAUCCCAAAUAUGCUGCUCCUAAGGUCAUUCAGGCACAGGGCAAAGACAAGGAAACACUUAAAGGGCCUUGCAUUUUACCUAUCGUACGCGACGGCAAAAAAGUCAGCAACACGCACUACUACCUCCUACCCGAGAGGCCUCUAUAUCUAGAUCGCUACGAUAAGUUCUUCAGAGAGGCGGAGAGUGGCGAGGUGAAGAAGCAGGUGAACACAGCCACCGUCAAGCCCAUGGUUCAUCAACAAGUUGAGCUCAAGUCCAAUUUUUCCUGCAAUAACAACAGCACUCUGACUGUCUCUGGAUGUAGAGGGGGAUUGAAGAACUCUCUCAGCCUGUCCAGAGUAAGCACUGAUGGCUAUUUUAGCAGAGCAGACACCCACGACAAACUCCUACUAGUACAGGAGGCCGUCCAUGGAGUGACCAUUGAAGAAUGUCAGACAGCUUUACAGAACCACAGCUGGAAUGUGCAAAAAGCUGUGGAAUACUUAAAGGUGGAGCAACUCUUCUGUCUGGGGCUGAAGACAAGGCUGGAGUGUCAUAAUAUGCUAGAGAUGUAUGACUGGAACUUGGAGUUAGCCAGCACACAAUUGUUGGACUCAUGUGGCUCAGUCAAACUGAGGCGAUGAUACACUGAAAAAUCCUGAUGGCCGAAAAGACUUUUGAGAUAUCUUCAUAGCACAUUUUACCUCCACUCCAGCGCCGGAAAUGACUUUAUCUGUCUGUAUACAAAUGAGACAGUGACUGCGCUCCUCUGGUGUCUGGCCAGAAAUCCCUUUCUAGGGUACAAUAUUGAGUUCACAGGUCAACGUUGAAAGAACCUGCUCUUGUUGUUCCACUUGAUGGUGACAGAUGGAAAAUAAGGUGCUGCUUGUGUUUCUUACAAUUAUUUUCAUAGAGAAUUUUAUACAAGUAGGAGGUGAAGAAAGACACGUGAAAGCUUCUAUAAAUGUCUAUAUACAGUACUGUAGGAUGUUUUGGUUAUACAUUUGCAUUUGAUACGUUUGAGUUCUUGGUUCUUGUCAGAUAUUUGUUGUUAGACUCUUGCAUUUUUUGUGUGUGUGGAUCACCUGCAACAAAGAAAGAGUGCAAACUCUUCCAACUUAAAGUGAUUUAGUUAAAGUGCACCCAAAACUAUCAUGGGUCAUUUCCUCACCCUCUCAUCAAACCUGUAUGACUUUCUUCCGCAGAACACAGAAGAAGAUAUUUUGAUGAAAGUUAACUGCCCCCCAUUCACUUGCAUUGGUUUUGUGUCCAUACUAGAAGUGAAUGGGGACCAGUGCUGUUUGGUUACCAACUUUCUUCAAAAUAUCUUCUUUUGUGUUGUGCGGAAGAAAGACAGUCAUAAAGGUUUGAAAUGACAAGAGGGUGAGGAAAUUUUCAUUUUCAGGUGAACUAUCACUUUAAGGCUGCAUGUAUGUUGUAUUUAACAAGUUAUGUGUUAAAAUUUUGAACAUUUUUCCUGUGUCACUUUUGUUGACAUAGAUGUACGACCCUCUGCCUUUUCUGUAUUUUCUCUUCACUACUUAGCUUUAUGCAUCACUAUAAAUUACUCAUUUGUAGUGAAACCUACUUUUCUCCUGUCACACAAUUAGUCACACAGCUAUGGUAAUAUUGUUUGUUGAUUUGCACAAUGCUGCUUCCAGUAUGAACGCUUUAUGAGAGGAAAACCCUUGAAACACACCAGAAGACCUCCAAAGCACAAAUAAGUGAACUUGUUGCUUGUCUUUGUAAUUCAGUCAAUUACCUGUGUUUUAUUUAAUGAGUAGUACUGUUAACAUGUUUUAGUUGGGUUGACUGCACCCGUACCCAUCUAAAAUAGUGAGUCUGUUGUACAGUGUUGUUUUAGCCAUACUUCAUUCCAAACUCGCGUUUCAUAAGAUCUUCUAUCCAUGGUAAGGUAUUUUCAAUCUGCUUGAGAAAUGACCAACAAAUAAAUAAAUGAAGACAGACCAUGUACAACAGAUUCACAUAAACAGCAAUGUCUAAUAGUUUUGUUCUGUCGGUUGUAGCACAUGUGUAAAUGUGUAUGGGUGGGUAUCAUAUACUGUACAGUAGAUGCUGCUUCUGUGUGCAUGAUGGAACAUUGUCAACAUUGUGCCGUCCUACAUCCCUGCAAUCUAGGAAGGGGGCUUGUAGUAUUUGUUACCCUGGCAACCUCUGUGUUGUUUUUGAUGGGACAUCAUUUUCCCCAGAGGAUACGUCAUGCACCCUGCUGCUUCAAGCACAGUGACUGCUUCUGUGAUCAUCUGAUGAAUCCGUUAGCAGUUUAAACAAGCCCUUGUCUUACCGUAUGCUGUUGUAGUUUUAGUAAGACUCCAGUAGGUUUGUUGAGUUCCUGUUCAUGUGUUGUAAUUUGUCCUUUUAUCUCCGGUCCAGUCUAUCUAUGUGCUCUGAAUAGCUUUAUGAAUUAGAACCUUUGUGUCCUAAUUGUUUUAAAUGCACAAUGAUGCAAAGUUUAUAAAGUGUAUAAUACUAUUAUAUAAAUGUAUUUUUAUUAAAAAGGACUAUUUUUUUA